UAUUGACGCAUUUUAUUUUAUUUUAGUGAAUUGUCCAGGAAUUUUGGAACCAUUGAGUGUAACAAACAUAGUGUAAAGUAUUUUAUGUGUGUAGUGCCAAGAUGACGUCGGAAAAAGGCUCUCGGAGAGAUAAGAACCAGAACAUCCAAGUGUUUGUGAGACUAAGACCUCUUAAUCAGCGGGAGCGAGAUAUAAAGUCCCUGGGAGUGGUGGAAGUGGUGAAUGGGAGAGAAGUGGUGGUGCGCCAGUCGCAGCAGACCUCGCUCACUAAGAAGUUCACAUUUGACCGUGCUUUUGGGCCUCAUACUAAACAGAUCGAAGUAUAUCAGCAAGUAGUAAGCCCGUUGAUAAAAGAAGUGCUAUGUGGCUACAACUGCACCGUGUUCGCCUACGGGCAGACCGGCACCGGCAAGACUCACACUAUGGUUGGCGAGAGCACUGGAGAUGAAAAUGUCAACUGGCAGAAUGACCCUCUAGCCGGCAUCAUUCCCCGCGCGCUCAGCCAGCUGUUCGACGAGCUCCGCAUCUCCAACACAGAGUACACCGUCAGAGUCUCUUACUUGGAACUUUACAAUGAGGAACUGUUCGAUCUGCUGUCUUCCUCUGAAGACAACUCCAAGCUUAGGAUCUAUGAAGAUGUGACGAGGAAGGGAGCUAAUAUUGUUAAUGGACUGGAAGAGAUUACGGUAUACAACAAGAAUGAAGUAUACAAGAUUAUGGAACAGGGGCAAGAAAGGAAGCGAGUGGCUUCCACACUUAUGAAUGCACAAUCUAGCCGCUCCCACACAGUAUUCACCAUCGUAGCCCACAUGAAAGAGAACAACCAAGAAGGAGAAGAACUAGUCAAGAUCGGCAAACUGAACCUCGUCGACUUGGCAGGGUCCGAGAAUAUCAGCAAGGCUGGCUCGGACAACCCGGCAAAGAAAGAGAGAGCGCGAGAAUGUGUGAAUAUUAACCAGAGUUUGUUGACCCUUGGAAGGGUUAUCACUGCUCUGGUGGAGAGACAUCCUCAUAUACCAUACAGAGAAUCCAAGCUGACCCGCAUCCUCCAAGAGUCCCUCGGCGGCCGCACCAAGACUUCCAUCAUCGCCACCGUCUCCCCGGGACACAAGGACCUGGAGGAGACCAUGAGCACCCUGGAGUACGCCCACCGAGCCAAGAACAUACAGAACAAGCCUGAGGUCAACCAGAAAAUGACCAAGACUGCCAUGCUCAAGGAGUAUGCUGAAGAAAUUGACAAGUUAAAGAGAGAUCUGCAGGCAGCUAGGGAUAAAAAUGGCGUCUGCAUCUCCAGCGAAACCUUCGCCGAGAUGAACCUCAAAGAAGAAGAGCAACGCAAGGAAAUACAAGAAUUGCUCCUCAAAAAACGCGCCAUGGAGGAAGAACGAGAUCGCAUGGAGACUGUCUUCAAAGAACUGAACCAGACGCUUGAAGAGCGAGUUUCUGAGCUAAAUAAUACGAGACAAGCUAUGCAGACCACAAAGGCACAGCUUGUUAACACUAAAAAUGCUCUCCAAACCACGAAGAUCCAAUGCGAGGAGCAAAAACAUCUAGUCGGCAAACAUCGCGCCACCGAAGAAGAACUGAGCGCGCAAGCCAAAGAUAUCAUAGCUGUCGCAGAUACUGCUGCGAACCAUGUGCACAAUCUGCACGCCAGUGUCGACAAACGCAGAAUGGUGGAAUCUCGGAAUAUCCAGGUGACGCAGAGUUACCGUGAGCAAGCGGCCGCGCUCCGUGCUGGAGUGGCGGGCGGCACGCAGAGCUUCAUCGACGCGCUCGCACAUGCAUUGCAGGCUUUACAUCAACAGACUGAUAACUACACGACGAGUAGCACAAGUAGCAUGGAACAAGAUAAAAAGAAGUUGGAAGAGCUCGCACAGAAAAUUCUAGAUACGACUAAUGAGACGUCAUCAACGACCGGCAAUCAGUACGAAACCUUCGUGAAUGUAUUGUCCCUCGCUCGCUCGGAGCUCACGGCCGGCCCCACUGGCCUGUACGCCGGCAUUCGCGCCGCGCUGCUGGGCUGCCUGCAGCGCGCCGCCGCGGGGAAACUGCGAGUCAGCGAGUGGGAGGCGCCGCAGGCUAUCGAGAAAUUAGUGCAGGGAUGGUUGAAUGACGCCACUGAGCGUGUAGCGUUUCUCCGUCGUUCACACGAGAACUACCACAAGUCUACCACUGACGCGGAAUCGAAACGCGUCGAGCUGCACAAGAGACAGCGCGACGCUCGCCGGCAGCGCGUGCUGAAGGCUAGCGGGAGAAUCGACGUCGCCCUCACUCAACUGCAAACCGAAAAAACUCAACUAGAGAACCGUCUAACCAAGCAACUGUCCGACAUCGAGCAAGAGCGCCGAGAGAGCGAAGCGCGUCUCGAACGCUGGGCCGAAGAAGAAAGAUUACGUCUGGCGAGACACGUUGAGGCUGAGAGACUAGCUCUGUAUGCUAGGCUGGAGAAGAGGAUCGCUGAUGUGGAGGAAGAGAAAAAGACUUUGGAAGAACGGGUGAAGAAUAUCGAGUCAUGGCGCGCAGAGCAAAUGGCGGCCGUGGAAGAAGAAAACAAAAUGGCCGACGCCGACCUGGCGGACUGCGAGGCCGGCGGGACAGACGGCCGCAAGUGCUUGGACAAGUUCGGCAAACAACUUGUCGAAGGUACGAUCGCGAUGAACGCGGACUUCCGAGCGUUCUCCGGCAACAUCGUGCAAGUGACCGAACACUACAACAAGGAACUUUUGGAUCUGCUCACGCGAGCCACGGAACAGAUCGAGCAAGAGGCAAACUCUGCGAUCGCGUUAGCAGAGCAGGACACGCAACAGCUUUGCGUGCGGACCAACGACACGCUGGACAGUGUUCUGACCGGCAACAAGCAGCUGCUGGAUGCUCUCGUGCAGAAGAUUGAGGCCUCAGCAGCUGCGACCGUAUCCUCAUUAGCUACAGUUUCCUCCUCAACUUCCGGCCUCAUACAACACUCCCGCGCCGCUCUAGAGGCUCACAGCACUUCUGUACAAGAGAUGCUACAGAGGACCAAUGUGUUCCACGAUAAUCUACGGCAAGCGCUCACUCAGCAGGAACAGUUAGAAGGAAGAGCAUUCGGAGAGGAGUUCAAGCUAUAUUCACCCACUGGUAAAACGCCGGUGAGACAAGAGUACCGCUUCCCGCGCACCCUGGCGGCCACGUCGCCGCACGAGCGCAUCUUGGCUCGCUUCCGCGCCAUGAGACAAAACGGACAUGACGAGGAUUGCAUAGUGGUGGAAUCGGACGCAGAGACCCGGCCUCCGUCGGACAGCGAGUCGUCCGUGUCGGAGGACUCCGCGCUCAGCGAGUUCACCACGCCCUCGCCGCCCGCCGAGCCGAGAGCGCAGCCCAUCAUCAAGUGCACCUCCGAAACUGAUAUCUAUUAUAGAAAGCAGCCCGGCAAAGAGAACAGCUCCAUCCCGCCAUACAAGCCCGUCUCGCACAAGAAGACCUCGCGCCUGCCCGCGCCCACCAGCCACAAGAAACCGCUCAUCGAGAGGAACGACUAACUGCAAGUUCUAAUAUUCAUCACAAAUUACAUCACACUUAGCCACUACUACUCCCACCAAAAAC